UUGCCGAGUUAACCUCAAUCUUAUUGUUAUAGGUGGUUCCGCACAAGUUUGCUCCUCGAACAAUGAGGAAUAAUUAAUUUAUAAUCUCAUUCGGUUCGGUGUUUUACUUAGCAGUUUCCAUUAGUCUAUGACGUUUUAGUGGAUAUCUCUGUCAAAAUGCCCUUACGCUUGGAUAUAAAACGUAAGCUAACAGCUAGAUCAGACCGGGUGAAAUGUGUAGACCUUCAUCCAACGGAACCAUGGAUGUUAGCGUCUUUGUACAAUGGCAAUGCUCACGUCUGGAACCAUGAAACCCAACAGCUCGUUAAAACAUUUGAAGUAUGUGACUUACCAGUGAGAGCUGCCAGGUUCAUCCCUAGAAAGAACUGGGUUGUGACUGGCUCUGAUGAUAUGCAGAUUCGUGUUUUUAAUUACAACACCCUUGAAAGAGCCCAUUCGUUCGAAGCCCACUCGGACUACGUAAGAUGCAUCGCAGUUCAUCCAGCUCAGCCCUUCAUUUUAACUAGUAGUGAUGAUAUGCUCAUUAAAUUAUGGAACUGGGACAAACAGUGGGCUUGUCAACAAGUUUUUGAAGGCCACACUCAUUAUGUGAUGCAAAUUGUAAUAAAUCCAAAGGACAACAAUACUUUCGCCAGUGCUUCCCUUGAUCGUACUGUUAAGGUUUGGCAGUUGGGCUCGUCGACUCCGAAUUUCACUCUGGAAGGACUUGACGGAACAGGGCAUGAUAAAGGAAUCAACUGUGUUGAUUAUUACCACGGGGGCGACAAACCCUACUUAAUCUCUGGUGCUGAUGAUAGGAUGGUCAAAAUCUGGGACUAUCAGAACAAAACGUGCGUUCAAACACUCGAAGGGCAUACUGAAAACAUAGCAUCUGUUUGCUUCCAUCCAGAGUUGCCUAUUAUAUUGUCUGGAUCUGAAGAUGGCACUGUCAGAAUUUGGCAUUCUGGGACGUACCGCCUUGAAUCGUCACUGAAUUAUGGAUUGGAGCGUGUUUGGACUAUUGCAUGUCUGAGGGGCUCAAAUAAUGUCGCAAUAGGGUACGAUGAAGGCAGUGUGAUGGUGAAAGUUGGACGUGAAGAACCUGCUGUGUCAAUGGAUGUCAGUGGAGGAAAAAUCAUUUGGGCUCGCCAUAGUGAGAUCCAACAAGCGAAUUUAAAAGCCAUGGGUGACACAGAAAUCAAAGAUGGAGAGAGACUUGCGGUUGUCGUAAAAGAUAUGGGCAGUUGUGAAAUAUACCCUCAGACCAUAGCACACAAUCCUAACGGGAGGUUUGUCGUUGUUUGCGGAGAUGGAGAGUACAUAAUAUACACAGCAAUGGCACUCAGGAACAAAGCCUUUGGUUCAGCGCAAGAGUUUGUGUGGGCUCAAGAUUCUUCAGAGUAUGCUAUUCGAGAAAGCAGUUCUAUCGUCAAAGUAUUCAAAAAUUUCAAAGAAAAGAAAUGGUUUAGACCAGAAUCAGGUGCUGAAGGCAUAUUUGGUGGCUUCUUACUGGGGGUCAAAUCGUCAGCUGGCUUAGCUCUUUACGAUUGGGACACUUUGGAUUUAGUGCGUGUAAUUGAAAUCCAACCGAAAGCUGUUUAUUGGUCUGAAAGUGGGGAAUUAGUUUGCAUAGCUACGCAAGAUAGCUAUUUCAUCCUUCGCUACGAUGCGUCUGCGGUAGUUGCUGCACGGCAAGCUGGCACUGUCUCCUCCGUAGAUGGUGUUGAGGAAGCAUUUGAUGUUCUUGGAGAGGUGAAUGAAUCAGUCUGCACUGGUCUGUGGGUUGGCGAUUGCUUCAUCUAUACAAAUAGUGUAAAUAGAAUAAAUUAUUAUGUGGGUGGUGAAAUAGUGACUGUUUCGCAUUUAGAUAGGACGAUGUAUCUCCUCGGUUACGUUGCCAAAGAUAAUAGACUGUAUCUCGGGGACAAGGAGCUCAACAUUGUUUCGUACAGCCUUUUACUAUCUGUGCUAGAGUACCAAACAGCUGUAAUGCGCAGAGAUUUUGAAACUGCGGACAGAGUUCUUCCCACCGUUCCAAAUCAGUAUAGAACCAGAGUGGCUCAUUUCUUAGAAAAACAGGGUUUCAAGCAACAAGCGUUAGUGAUAUCUACAGAUCCAGAGCAUAGGUUUGAAUUAGCGCUUCAACUGGGCGAUUUGGAAGUUGCUCUGAGCUUAGCUGAAGAUGCAGGUAGCACGCAUAAGUGGCGGCAAUUAGCAGAACUUGCUACGAGUCAAGGCAAACUGGACCUAGCUCAGGAAUGCCUACACAACGCCCAAGAUUUUGCUGGACUUCUGCUGUUAGCCACAUCUUCUGGAAACGCAGAAAUGGUUCGCCGUCUUGGUGAAAGUGCCGAUUCAGGAGGAAAAAACAAUGUGGCUUUCCUUUCAUACCUUCUUCUUGGAGAUCUAGAAAAGUGUCUUGAAAUUUUAAUUGCCACCGACAGGAUUCCUGAGGCUGCAUUUUUUGCCAGGACAUAUUUGCCGAGCCAAAUCUCGCGGGUAGUGAAACUUUGGAGAGAAUCACUUACCAAAGUCAGCGCAAAGGCAGGCCAGUCAUUGGCAGAUCCUGCUCAAUACGAUAAUUUAUUCCCAGGUCUCUUAGAUUUUCUGAAAACAGAACAGUAUUUAAAAAGUGAAAGACAGCGCUCACUUCCUGCUGGAGCAUUUCCCAACAUUCCGUUGAACGAUGACCGAAAACCAAUAGAAGAAAUGAAAGCAGCUGAAAGUAGCGGACGUUUCACCUAUGUACCUCCAGCUCAACCUGAAGAAUCUGAUUCUGAAGCAGGCAGUUCCAGUGCAAAACCCGAAGACAAAGAAGAGCUAAUUUCUUUCAGUUCCCCCUCUUCUGUUCCUCCAUCUGUCGUCAGCGCAGCCCCUCAACCUCAGCCACAACCCAAAGUACAGGCUCCUCCUGCGAUCCAAGAACCUCCUGAGGAUGAAAUAGAUCUUGACUUGGAUAAUCUCGACUUGGAUGAUGAUGAUGAUAACGAUGAUGAUCCAAGUACCUAUAACAUAUCGGAUGAUGACAUGCUUUCGUGAUCUGUACAUAGUGCCUUCUCAAAUGUAUCAUAAUUAUUGUUGCUUUUCAAAAAUUUUUUAUCAAUUAUAAGUUAAGUACCUCGAAACAAA